CACUCCAAAACCCAUCCAAAUACCCACUCCGCUCAUAUUUAUAGCAAAACAAACCAAUUGGAAAAGCAAAAUAAUGGAGAGAGUCCAAAAGCUGUUAGUUAUUAUGCUAGUAAUGGUUGCUGGCAUUUUUAGCAGCAGCAUCAAUGGCCAAAGCAUAUGUAACGUGUCCAUCUCUGGGCUAACGUCAUGCAGGCCAGCCGUUACUCCUCCAAACCCUGCACCGCCUACUAGUGCCUGUUGCUCUGCGCUUUCUCAUGCUGACUUGCGUUGUCUUUGCUCCUACAAAAAUUCCACUUUGCUUCCUUCUCUUGGGAUUGACCCAAAGCUUGCCUUGAAGCUCCCAGAAAAGUGUAGGCUUCCUCACCGUGCCCCUUGCUAGACAAAGAUCCAACAAAAGUAUCAUCAUCUCAGCUUAUCCUAAAAGGAUCGAGGGGAUGAAAGAAAGAGACAAAAAUUAUAUAACUGAAGAUAGAUUUAUGGAUUGAAUAAAGCUUGAUCCACUUUGGAAAUUGUUAUCUCUUGUUUUCUAUUCUCUUUAUUUUGAUAUUAUUGUUCUUUGUUUUUCAUGCAUAUGGAUUAGUACUGUGUCCUGUUCCUAUCUAUCUCGUUACUGUUUCAUGUAAGUUCGUUCUUACUUUACAAAAUAAUGAUGUUACUGCCAUCUUUGUCUCUUUAUAAAUAUUGCAGCAAUUAUUGAUACA